ACCCACCCCACUGGAUUUUUAUUGCUGUUACUUUCUGAUUUUCUCAUCUUUGAAUAAUUGUAUAAAGGUCAGUUGCGAGCUCAUAAAAAUCAAAUAGCCACACAGUUUUCCUUCUUCAGUUCUGAUUUGCUCUCUCUGUAAAAUGGAUGCAAUUGCAGCACCCCCUUCGUUCUACCAGUUCGGCCGUCGUAAACGUAUUCAUCUGGUGAGGCAUGCACAAGGAAUGCAUAAUGUAGAAUCAGACAAGAGUCGUGAUCCACUGACAUCAUUUCAAUUUUUCGAUGCUCGACUCUCGCCGCUGGGCUGGCAGCAGGUUGUUGAUCAGCGGAAAAUUGUUCGUGAAAGUGGCUUACUUGAUAAGAUUGAAGUUGUCAUCGUUUCCCCCAUGUCAAGAACAUUGGAAACAGCAGUUGGAAUUUUUGGUGGUGAGGACCAACCGGAUGGAUUACACGUUGCUUCAUGGGAGGAAUCAAAUGUAGAGAGUCGUCCGCCAAUGGUAGCAUAUGAACUUUGUCGAGAGCGAAUGGGAAAAUAUGAAUGUGACAAGAGAGGAAGCAUCAGUCAGUACCGGUCUCGUUUCCCGGCGGUUGAUUUUUCAUUGAUAGAAGAUGAAGAUGAGGUUUUGUGGGAUCCAAAUGAAAGAGAAACUCAUGAGUCAGUCAACGCUAGGGCCAUUAAGUUCCUCAAAUGGUUGUGGGAAAGGAAAGAAAAGGAGAUAGCAGUGGUGAGCCAUGGUGUGUUUUUGCAGCAAGCAAUGAUCGAACUUAUUCAGAAUAAAAAUGGCUACACUUUGCCCCUCAACAAUAGCUAUGAUCCAUGCAGCCGCUUUAAAAAUUGUGAAAUUCGUUCGGUGAUCACUUUCCAUGAAAGCACGAUGGGAUUGGGACCGGAUUCCAUGAUAUGUAAGCAGCAAUGUUGUGGAAGAAUUGAAAACGAAGUGCGAGAAUCUAUCAAAGACAAAGUUCCAGUGGAGGAAGUGGAAGUCGUCACUUAAUGAUUACUUCAUCUAUCAUUUCAAGAUCGUUGAACUCCCACCGUUGGAUCAUUUAGCUUGGUGCUUUUCGAAGAAAUUGUAUCUACUACUGUUUCCUUUCUUUUUCAUUUUGCCGGAUUCAAUUUUAAUAAUGUGAAAUCAACAAACCGUGUGGUGUGCCGUUGCAUGCAACCGACUUAUAGCUGAGAAUGGCAGGCAGGUCGGCUUAUUACUUUAUAUUUGGACGGCCAUAGGACAGUAAUUGUGCUCAAUUUUGUUUCUCUCUUUCUCUUUGGACUGCAAGUAAAAAAAAAAAGAGAAACUCUGUGCAUGGUAAUUAUAGCACGUGGUUAAAAGGUAUUUUAACAUUCGACAUAACUCAUGUCAUCGCCCAUGGCAGUCGUUUCAGUACACCGGAAGGCUUUUUUUUUUAUUGUACAUAGACUGAGUAGUACUCCAUAGUUGUUUUGAUUGAUGAAAGGCCACUUAAUU